UUGUCACACUUCGAGCGAGUCCACUAUCCCUAGUUGGACCAAGGGAGCUUGCCUAGUUCCAUGCCAUGUCUGUCAGAUGCCACCCUCAAAUUCUCACUAUCUGCCGGGAAGCAAGUCAAAGCCUUAGCCUAAAUGACCAGCCUCCUACAUGCGGAAUCGAUAGACACCCGGAUAUUAAAUGAUCCCAAGGACUGUAUUAGCACCACAUGAGAUAAACUCCGCACCUGGAUUUUUUUCUUAUUCUAACUUUGUAAACAAAACGGUUCCGUUAUGCCUUGGAAAUGUGGACUCAUUAUUACGCUGUUCCUGUUCCUCUUCACACUCCAAGCCACUGCAAUUAAAGAGAGGAAUAAUCGGGGCUCUUUGCAGAGAGGAGUAAUUGGGACAGAAACAGAAGCCAUCAAUUCUAUGCACUUGGUUGAACUUCUGAAAACGACCAAACAAAACUCUAAUGUCAGAACGAUAUUUGAACUGGAAAAGCAUCGGAGGAAGCGGUCCGCAGUCUUUCACUCUGGAGUGAGAGUCUGUCCUCAGGAGACCAUCAAUGAGGUCAUUGCCAGCCAUCAAGCCUACUACAGGCUCAGAGUUUGUCAGGAGGCUGUGUGGGAGGCCUUCCGGAUCUUCUAUGACAGGAUCCCUGUCACUACAGAGUACACAACAUGGGUUCACACAUGUCAACACGAGUCUCUGUGUCUCGCUGACCUGGCCACUAACUUCAGCAACUCAGAGGAGCACAUGAGUAUGGUGUACAGGAGGAUGAAUCUGCGAGACGAGAGGCAGUCGACUGGAGCAGAAGCAGCCGCAACCACAGCAGCACCAGAGGUCACUGAGAUAGCAGGUCCAGAAGAGACCCAGACUGCUGCACCAGAACCACCCACUCCUGUGACCAGUGAUGCCAGUGUCCCUGAUGCUCCUGAGGAUACAGUUGAAGAAGAAGUAGAAGAAGAAACCGCUGCUGAGGAGGACUCUGAGCUGCCCAACAUUGUCCCGGAGAACCAUGUGGAGGAGAUAGUGGAGUUCAGCAUUGACCUGGUGGACCCAGGCUACAGGGAACUACUAGACGACCCUGACUCCCCCCAAUAUGUUGACCUCUCUCAUCACCUGCAAGACCAGAUGCUCCAUGUUUUUGACAAGCUCCCAGGAUUUAAAGAGAUCAGUGUUUUGGGAAUCAGCGAGGCCCAUGGGAGUGAAGGACCUGGAGGAGUGACAGUGCACUAUUCUCUGGUCUUUCAGACAAUUUCAGAGGAUAACACAGGGACUCCAGUGUCAGCUGUGCCCAGCCUGCGGGAAAUGGUGGCCAAGGCUUUGAGUGAAGAGGCCUCUCUGCCAGUGGAUCUACAGUCAUUAAACUUUGAACCAGUAAAAGGGAUUCCACCAACUACAACACCUGUUGAGGAAGCUGUCGAGGAAACGAUUGAAGAUUCCAGUGAGCCAGCUUUCCACAACGAUCUGGACAUAUCCACAGAUGAGCCAGAGAUUGCCAUGGAGAAGCCUCGUCUGGAUGUUCCACUUGGCCCUGUGGAAAAGGAAAAUGCGCUCGUCACCCUCCUGGACUCUACAGAUAUUCCAGAUAAAGAAGAAGAAGCAGCACCACCAGAGAGAGGAGAUGUGCCCUACAUCUACAAGGAUACUAGUGAUGAAUUAGUGGAGAGUGAAUCUGAAGCAACAACUGAACCAGAGGAAGAGGUACCAUUUAUCACACACAUGAUUGAAACCAUUCAAGCCAUUGAUGAGGGAACUGGUGAGCUUGUAAGAGACUAUUUCCCAACCUCUCCUGCUGAGGAAUACCCUGAGCCACCUUUUGGUAAUUUAGUCCCUACUAAUGGGUACCCUGUUUUACCCCAUGAGGAUUUGGAUAUUACCUCCGCUCCUGAAAUAGAAAGUAUAGAAACUAAUGCUCCAGCUAAACUCCUUCCUAACUUGAUAUCAGAGGAGGAGGCUGUUGUUGAGAAGGAGGCUGAGCCUACUCCAACCACUCAGAUUAAGUUUACCACAGCCAUUGCCACUGAGGAAGAGGUUUCUAACCCUGGAUUACCUAUGACAAGUCUCUCAGCCAUCACAGAUCAGCCUGCCACUGAAGCAAUAGAGGACUUUGAAGUUGAGGAGGAUAUUAUCCUUAUUCCGAUUGAAGGGGAAGAGGUUGAGGAACCAGAACCUGAGGAAGAGGUAGUUGAGAUCUCGGAACCUGAAAAAGAGGUAGUUGUGGAACCAGAACCUGAGGAAGAGGUAUUUGAGGAACCAGAGCCCAAUGAAGACGUAGUUGAAGAUCCAGAACCUGAGGCAGAUGUAGAUGAGGUCUUGGUAGUUGAGGUCUUAGAACCUGAGGAAGAAGUAGUUGAGAACUCGGAACCUGAGGAAGAGGUAGCUGAGGAACCAGAACCUGGUGAAAAGGUAAAUGAGGUCUCGGAACGUGAGGAAGAGGUAGUUGAGGUCUUGGAACCUGAGGAAGAAGUAGUUGAACCAGAACCUGAGGAAGAGGUAGUUGAGGUGUUGGAACCUGAGAAAGAGGUUCUUGAGGAACUACAAACUGAGGAAGAGGCAGUAGAGGUCUCAGAACCUGAGAAAGAGGUACUUCAGGAACCAGAGCCCGAGGAAGAGGUAGUUGAGGAACCAGAGGAAGAGGUAGUUGAGCUCUUGGAACCUGAGGAAGAGGUAGUUGAGAAACUAGAACCUGAGGAAGAGGUAGUUGUGGAACCAGAAACUGAGGAAGAUGUAUUUGAGGAACCAGAGCCUGAGGAAGAAGUAACUGAGGAACCCGAACUUGAGGAAGAGGUAGUUGAAGAACCGGAGCCCAAGGAAGACACAGUUGAGGAACCAGAACCUGAGGUAGAUGAGGUCUUUGUAGUUGAGGUCUUGGAAACUGAGGAAGAAGUAGUUGAGAACUUGGAACCUGAGGAAGAGGUAGCUGAGGAACCAGAACCUGGGGAAAAGGUAGAUGAGGUCUCGGAACCUGAUGAAGAGGUAGGUGAGGUCUUGGAACCUGAGGAAGAAGUAGUUGACAAGCUUGAACCUGGGGAAGAGGUAGUUGAGUUGUUGGAACCUGAGAAAGAGGUACUUGAGGAACUACAAACUGAGGAAGAGGUAGUUGAGGACUUGGAACCUGAGAAAGAGGUACUUGAGGAAAUAGAACCUGAGGAAGAGGUAGUUGAGGAACCAGAGGAAGAGGUAGUUGAGCUCUUGGAACCUGAGGAAGACAUAGUUGAGGAACUAAAACCUGAGGAAGCGGUAGUUGAGGAACCAGAGCCUGAGGAAGAGGUAGUUGAGGAACUAGAACCCGAGGAAGAGGUAGUUGAGGAAUUAGAACCUGAGGAAGCCGUAGUUGAAGAACCAGAGCCUGCGGAAGAGGUAGUUGAGGAACUAGAACCUGAGGAAGAGGUAGUUGAGGAGCCUGAGGAAGAGGUAGUUGAGGAACCAGAACCUGAUGAAGAGGUAGUUGAGAAACCAGAGGAAGAGGUAGUUGAGGAACCAGAACCUGAGGAAGAGGACGUUGAAGAACCAGAACCUGAAGAAAAGAUAAUUGAGGUUUCGGAACAUGAGGAAAAGGUAGUUGAGAAAACAGAAGAAGAGGUAGUUGAAGAACCAGAACCAGAGGAUGAGGUAUUUGAGGAACUAGAACCUGAGGAAGAGGUCGUUGAGGAACUAGAACAUGAGGAAGUGGUUGUUGAGGAACUAGAACCUGAGGAAGAGGUAGUUGAGGAACUAGAACCUGAUGAAGAGGUAGUUAAAGAACCAGAGCCUGAGGAAGAGGUAGUUGAGGAACCAAAGCCUGAAGAAGAGGUAGUUGAGGAACCAGAACCAGAGGAUGAGGUAGUUGCAAAACCAGAACAUGAGGAAGAGGUAAUUGAGGAAUCAGAGCCUGAGGAAGACAUAGCUGAGGAACCAGAGCCUGAGGAAGAGGUAGUUGAGGAACUAGAACCUGAGGAAGAGGUUGUUGAGGAACCGGUAGUUGAGGAACUAGAACCUGCGGAAGACGUAGUUGAGGAACUAGAACCUGAGGAAGAAGUAGUUGAGGAACCAAAGCCUGAAGACGAGGUAGUUGAGGAACCAGAACCAGAGGAUGAGGUAGUUGCAAAAUCAGAACAUGAGGAAGAGGUAAUUGAGGAAUCAGAGCCGGAGGAAGACAUAGCUGAGGAACCAGAGCCUGAGGAAGAGGUAGUUGAGGAACUAGAACCUGAGGAAGAGGUUGUUGAGGAACCGGUAGUUGAGGAACUAGAACCUGCGGAAGACGUAGUUGAGGAACUAGAACCUGAGAAAGAGGUUGUUGAGGAACCAGAGCCUGAGGAAGAGGUAGUUGAAGAACCAGAAACUGAGGAAGAGGUAAUUGAGGUCUUGGAACAUGAGGAAAAGGUAGUUGAGAAACCAGAAGAAGAGGUAGUUGAGGAACCAGAACCAGAGGUUGAGGUUGUUGAAGAACCAGAAUAUGAGGAAGAGGUAAUUGAGGAAUCAGAGCCUGAGGAAGACAUAGUUGAGGAACCAGAUCCUGAGGAAGCGGUAGUUGAGGAACUAGAACCUGAGGAAGAGGUUGUUGAGGAACUAGAACCUGAGGAAGCGGUAGUUGAGGAACUACAACCUGAGGAAGCGGUUGUUGAGGAACUAGAACCUGAGGAAGAGGUAGUUGAGGAACUAGAACCUGAGGAAGAGGUUGUUGAGGAACCGGUAGUUGAGGAACUAGAACCUGCGGAAGACGUAGUUGAGGAACUAGAACCUGAGAAAGAGGUUGUUGAGGAACCAGAGCCUGAGGAAGAGGUAAUUGAGGACCCAAAGCCUGAGGAAGAGGUAGUUGAGGUCUCAGAACCUAAGGAAAGGGUAGUUGAGAAACCAGAGGAAGCAAUAGUUGAGGAACCAGAACCUGAGGAAGAGGUAGUUGAAGAACCAGAAACUGAGGAAGAGGUAAUUGAGGUCUUGGAACAUGAGGAAAAGGUAGUUGAGAAACCAGAAGAAGAGGUAGUUGAGGAACCAGAACCAGAGGUUGAGCUUGUUGAAGAACCAGAAUAUGAGGAAGAGGUAAUUGAGGAAUCAGAGCCUGAGGAAGACAUAGUUGAGGAACCAGAGCCUGAGGAAGCGGUAGUUGAGGAACUAGAACCUGAGGAAGAGGUUGUUGAGGAACUAGAACCUGAGGAAGCGGUAGUUGAGGAACUACAACCUGAGGAAGCGGUUGUUGAGGAACUAGAACCUGAGGAAGCGGUAGUUGCGGAACUAGAACCUGCGGAAGAGGUAGUUGAGGAACUAGAACCUGAGAAAGAGGUAGUUAUGGAACCAGAGCCUGAGGAAGAGGUAGUUGAGGAACCAAAGCCUGAGGAAGAGGUAGUUGAGGAACCAAAGCCUGAGGAAGAGGUAGUUGAGGAACCAAAGCCCGAAGAAGAGGUAGUUGAAGAACCAGAACCAGAGGAUGAGGUAGUUGAAGAACCAGAAUAUGAGGAAGAGGUAAUUGAGGAAACAGAACCUGAGGAAGAGGUGGUUGAGGUCUUGGAACCUGAAGAAGAGGAAGUUGAAGAACCAAUGCCUGAGGAAGAGGAGGUUCAAGAACCGGAGCCUGAGGAAGAGGUACUUGAAGAUCCAGGACCUGAGGAAGAGGUAGUUGAGGUCUCGGAACCUGAGGAAAAGGAAGUUGAAGAACCAAUGCCUGAGGAAGCUGAAGAACCAGAACCUGAGGAAGAGGUAGUUGAGGAAACACAGCUUGAGGAAAAUAUUAGUGAGCCACCAGCUGAAGAAAUUAAAAUCAUCCAACCUGUGGAUUCUUUAGAGGACACUCUAUUUGGAGAGGAAACUGAUCCUGUUGAAGAGGACAAUAUUGCCCCAGUAGAAGACCAGUCAGCUGAGGAGGACAUGAAGGAACUGUUGCCUGAAUACCACGGGUAUGAGGACAGCUAUCAUGAAGAAGCUGUUGAUACUGUGGAAGAAACAGAUGACACAGCAGAGGUCAGUGAAGUGGAAGUGGCUCCAUUGCCAGAGGAGAGUGAAGAGAAGAUAGCAGUGAUAGCAGAACCCAUCCCAGACUCUACGCCAACACCACCUGCAGAAUCUGACACUGUGCCUGUGGUAGAUGUAACAGAGUCACCUUCAGAAUUAAGGCUUAUAGUGGAGGAUACUGAGGAGCCUGAGGUGGUUGUUAUCGAUGAAGAGGCUGAAGAGGUCGUAGAGGUCUCAGAACCUGAGGACGAGCGUGUGCAAGACCUUUCAGACGAACUUGACCAAAUGGACCUGGUGAGCACAGAGCCCAUUGACCUUCCAGAGGCCAGUGGAUACUCAUUGGCUCCUGAGGAGCACCCCGUCGAGACCACAGCUUCUCCACCACUAAGAUACCUGACCACUCCCUCCAUGACCACGGCGAGUAAAGGCAGGGAGCUGGUGGUGUUCUUCAGUCUACGGGUCACCAACAUGAGGUUCUCAGAUGAUCUCUUCAACAAGAGCUCUUCAGAAUACAGAUCCCUGGAGAACACCUUUUUGGAACUGCUGCUGCCUUACCUGCAGUCCAAUCUAACAGGAUUCAAGAAGCUAGAGAUUCUUAACUUCAGGAAUGGCAGCAUUGUGGUCAACAGCAAGAUGAAGUUCACCAAGUCAGUGCCAUACAACGUGACCCAGGCCGUCCACUGUGUCCUGGAAGACUUCUGCAACGCUGCAGCCAUGAGACUCAACAUUGAGAUUGACAGUCACUCUCUGGACAUAGAGCCUGCUGAUCAAGCAGAUCCCUGUAAGUUCUUGGCGUGCAACGACUUCUCUCACUGUGUGGUGAAUCGAUGGUCACGGGAGGCUGAAUGUCUCUGUGACCCGGGGUACAUGGCUAAGGACGGCCUGCCCUGUCAGAGUAUCUGUGUCCUGCAGCCAGACUACUGCCAGAACGGGGGCCAUUGUGAGAUAAUACCAGGGCAUGGAGCCACUUGCAGAUACCCAGAAAAGUAUACGUCUUCCAGGCCUGACAAAUUAAGAACAUCGAGUGUUGAAUGACAACACUACGUAUUGAGACUUGGCGACUGCAGAAGAGACACAGGACUGUUAAUAAACGAUAGCUAAUCGCAGAUGCAGAUCACAGAGUAUGUUGUGAUUGCAAAGACAUUGACCUGUUGGCUACUGAUGGACAGACAGGCUCUCAGCCAGACAACCCCUUCAUUUGACCUUUCCAAAGCCUGUGUUUUACCAGAAAGGAUACUCCCAUUUUCUGUCAAACAGACAUUCAGGCGAACUCGAUCAUCGUCAUCAGUGAACAAAUGACUCGGGAACGACAGAUGAAAUGUCAAACGGAUGUGGUCAUUUUGCUAUGGCAUCCCAGGACAGCUAACUGGCUUUUAUACAUAUGUGCUGACAUUUAUUUUAGUAGUGAAAGUGUUAAAUGUAAAAUGCCAGACAAAGUUACAAGAAAUGUUUUCCUCAUAAUGAGGUACUUAUGUUGCAACGUUGUAUAGUGAAUAACACAUACUGGACACCUGUGUGGGUGAUGCAUCAUUAACGUCGGUCUCUAUAAAUGUAAUGGGGUUUCCUCGGUGUUGUAAAACUACUGUUCUGUACAAGUCGGGGAAAUGAAUUGCUCACCAUCUUCAAUAGGGCUUUUUUUUAAAAACUAUUUCCUCACAGAACUAUCUGUAUUUUUGUUGCUGUAGCAUUGAGUAACAGAACGUAAAACACGAGGGGCAAUAUAAGUUGAGUGAAAGAAUGCGUUUAUUUCAACAGUUAGAGAUCAGCAUUAGAAAAAGUGACAGUGAAAAGGCAGUAUUUGAGGAAUGAUUGUAACGCGUGGAGAGACACAGAGCAUAUCGAAGCCAGUCAGUAAUUGGUUGUACAUUACAAGAGAUAUUCCAGGAGACCACACAGUACAGUAGUAUACUCUGGUGUUCAAGUCAUAAAUAAAUAGAUCUAAACUGAAGACAUGCCUCAGACACGAGCAGGAGUGGAUAGAUCUCAUGCAUUCAAACAACCACGACGUCGCCUUUUCGCUUGUGCAGAGCGUCAAAAGGGAAUGAGAAGAAGCGCUAGAAAACAAACUCCAGACUAACAAAUCAGCCUUACCUGAAGAGAGUAGUUCUAGUCUCGCAAGAGAUUGUCUCUAAAACACACAGUACUGUACAUGACAAAGGCUGUCCUUCUCCUUCUAGCUUUGUUUGGAGGAAUUAUUGCUUCAUUUUAAAAGUAGUUAUUUUUUUUUUUUCAAGAAACAUGAGUCAUGUGCCCAAACCCUUUGAUUUUAGAGUAGAAAGAUUUCUUCUGAAAAUAAAUGUGUACAUUCCUGUAGAAACAUUACUCUCUUUGUAUCAUACACUUAUAUAAAAUAUUCUAUACGUGUCUAUUGAAAUAUGAGAUGAUGAUAUCCAGGAGAGGGAAGACUAGCCGACUACUGUAUCUGAGGUUGAGGUCUUCUUGACCCCUCCAACUUCAUUUCUCCAUUCAGUUCUGCUCCCAUACACACAUUUGGUCCAACAGUAUGACUUGAAUGCUAUUUGAAAUCCUAGAGUAUCUCAAGAUUUGUAUGGUUCACUUCUGGUAAUCCACAUCAUAAAUUACAUUAGCACAUUAUUUUUCUUCUUAAGACAAUAUUUGGAAUAUCAUAGCCUUGUGUGAACAACAUGAAACAAUGCAUUUCAAUUUCAACCACGUGGCUUUAGGAAUGAACGGUUGGGGAACGUGAAAAUAUCUUUCUUUAGCUUUCUUUCGUUCUUUCAUUAGCAUACCUAAAUCACACAAACAAAAAGUAGAGACUGAAGGAACAAAAUCGACUCAAAUUACAUUCUGUCAGAAAGAAAGAGGUAAAAAAAAAAGAAA